AUGGAAACAGCCCUAAAACUAAUAGAUAAUGGCACUUUAUCUCUUAGAAAUGCAGCUAAACAGUUUAAAAUUGACAAAUCUGCUCUUUCGAGAAGACGUACGCGUUCACUUGUUAAACAGGGAAGAAAAACUUCUCUAACCAAAGAAAUGGAAGUAGACUUAAGUGAUAAGAUAAAAAUUAUGGCAAAAUGGGGGUCUGCUCUCACUAAACCAGAGAUACAAGCAAUUAAGGAAGGAAGGCCCGGGAAAGAUUGGUUUAAAAAUUUUUGUAAGCGCAAUAGACUAAGUCAAAAAACGCAAGUUUACUACGUGACACAAAUCCUUAAAGUAUUUGAGAGCGACGUAGAAGUAAAAUAUCUGAGGCGCAAAGGAUUUAAAUUUAUUUUUCCGGCCAUUGAGGAAAAGUACUUCAUCAACAAAAGUGACAUAGAAAUGAAACUUCCCGAGCCAGAAAUAUACGUAGAAAGGCUAUCUGAAUGUUCCUGCUUGCCGUCGUCGGCAAAUCCAGUGCGGGUGUGGUACUGCUAAUUUUCGCUAUUGUGAAGGACUGUGAUAUCAUAGUUUGUAAGAUCAAGGUGCAAAAUAUUUUUUUAUAUGCUGUUAUAUUAACAUAUACACUGUUGCCAGUC